AUGACGCUGGAUCAGGCUAUUGAAGCCUCGGCGCGCGAGCAAAGGCAAAAGCAGCAGCAGCAGCCGCAGCCAGCACCGGCUCAGCCGGCACCGACCCAGCCGGCACCGGCCCAGCCUGCACCGACCCAACCCGCACCGACCCAACCCGCACCGACCCAGCCCGCACCGGUCCAGCCUGCACCGAACCAGCCUGCACUGGUCCAGCCUGCACCGACCCAGCCGGCACCGACCCAGCCGGCACCGUCACAGCCGGUAGUGAACGAGCCGGCAGUGACGACGCAGCCAUCUGUCGCGCAGCCGCAGCCUGUAACACAACCACAGCCGCAGCCGCAGCCGCAGCCGCAGCCGAACGAUGGGAGCACGCAACCGCCGCUAUUCCCGGGCGUCACCCCCGCGCCCGUCGUCACCCCCACGCCCGUCAACAAUCCCCCGGUCGCCAGCGGCGGAGGGUUUGGGAUCUUCCCCAGCGGGCCGGGCGGGUUCACCCCCACGCCCGUGACGCCGGAGAUCCCGGCUGUGCCGAACACUCCAACGCCUACGACUCCUGUGCCCGCUCCUACGACUCCUGUGCCCGCACCUACGACACCUGUCCCCACGCCUACGACUCCUGUCCCCACGCCUACAACUCCUGUCCCCACGCCCAAGACUCCUGCCGUUCCCACGCCUAAAGGGCCUGUCGUCGAUCCCACACCCAAGACUCCAACUGUCCCCACGCCUACCACUCCCACUACUCCUGGCGUCCCCACUCCUACCACUCCUGGCGUUCCCACGCCCACGACUCCUGGCGUCCCCACGCCCACUACUCCUGGCGUCCCCACACCUAAGACUCCUGGCGUCCCCACACCCACAACACCUACCGUCCCCACGCCCAAGACUCCUGGCGUCCCCACGCCCACAACUCCCCCAGUCAACCCCAGCGUCCCCACACCCGGAGCCCCAGGCUCGACUCCCACUCCCAAGGUUCCCCCAACGGUCCCCGGUGCUAAAAUUCCCCCCGGCGUCCCAAAUCCCAAGGUUCUGCCUGUUGCGCCGGGUUCCACGGCCGCCCCUGGCGUUCCGAAUCCUAAACUUCCGCCGCUUGCGCCUGGUUCCACGGCCGCGCCUGGCGUUCCAAAUCCUAAACUUCCGCCGCUUGCGCCUGGUUCCACGGCCGCGCCUGGCGUUCCGAAUCCUAAACUUCCGCCGCUUGCGCCUGGUUCUACGGGCGCGCCUGUCGUUCCGAAGCCCAAGACCCCGCCUGUAGCUCCUGGCAGUCUUGCCGCCCCCGGCGGGAAAACGGUCCCCGGACUUCCGCGCCCCAAAGUACCCCCCGUUGCACCAAGCUCCGCCGCUGCUCCAGGUUCCGACUCUGCGCCUGGUUCCGCCUCUGCGCCGUCCUCUCUGCCGUCCCGCGCCCCUGCUAGCCUGUCCGCUCCUGGCUCCGCUUCCGCGCCUGGCUCCGCCUCUGCACCAGCUUCCGCACCUGGCAAAGUUCCGAAACCUGCCCCUGGCUCCGCCAAGGCUCCUGUCUUAGCGCCCGGUUCCACGCGCGCCCCAUCCGGCGUGCCUAAAAACGGCUCCAUCACCGCGCCGGCCUCGCUCCCCCCGCCGCGCCCUGCGCAGCCCUCCGCUCCGCUGCCGCAGCUCUCUACUUCGGCAAACGCUGCGGCGACCCCCUACUCGACGACCCCUCCCGCGAACACGACCGCGACGGCGGACACUGGCGGAAACAGCGUGCCCGCGGGUGCGAUUGCGGGGAUUGCUAUUGGUGUGACUCUGGGGUUCGUGUUGCUGGUGGUGCUGGGGCUGUACGUGUUCCUGCUGCUGAGGCGCAAGAAGGAGGAGAGCGACGGGGAGAAGAAGGGGAAAGCGGGCGGUGCGGCCAAAGGGGCAACUAAAAGCAAGGUACCAUUCUACGCAGCUCCGUUCAAGACGAGUAAGGCCACCGGCAAUCCGGAAAGUGCGGAGAUGCAAGACGGGGGAGAAUCCGGAGUGACAGGAAUUCCGCCAGCAGCAGCGGCUGCAGCAGUGGCAGGAGCAGGAGCAGUGGCGACAGGAGCAGCGGUCGCAACCGCUACCGCGGGAUCUGCCCCUGCUGACAAAGCAGCUGACGUGGCAUCUGCUGACGUACCACCUGCUGGCGCGGCGGCUGCUAGUGGCGCAGUGAGUGCUCGCCCCAACGCAAGUCCGCCAUCUGCUAAAGCGGGGAAAAGCCUGACUCCUCCCCCGGGUGGCGCAAGCCCGCUGGCGAGCGCAGCGGGGGGUAUAACAGCAGCUGCAGGAACGGGUUCGGCCGCCGGUUCGACAGUAACUACCGCGGGCUCGGGUGCAGCAGGAGCGGUGGCGCCAACUGCGGGUGCGGUUGCGGGUGCUGCGGCGGCAGUAGCGGCAGGAGCGGCGGUAGGAGCGGCAGCUGCCACCGCGGCAACAAAGACGCCGGCAGCCGCGAGAGCCGCUGCUGUUCCUGCUGCAGGCGCAGCUGGCGCGGGGGUGGUCGCAGGUGCGGCGGCAGCCAAGUCAGGAAACGACGAAGACGAAAUUGAUCCGUCCGAACAGUGGUGGUUCCCUGCUGAAGAACUUGACCAAGCUACGGAACGCUUCGCUCUUUCGAACAAGCUCGGAUCGGGAACUUUCGGAACUACUUACAAGGGAGUUUUGGAAGACGGGCAGGAGGUUGCAGUGAAAGUGCUGAAAGUGAAAGGUUCGCUGAGCGAUGACGCAUGGAAACGCGACGCGGAGGAGGUGUUCGCGAUCCAGCACGAGAACUUGGUUACUUAUAUGGGUUAUUGCCUCGCCAGUUCGCAGCGAAUGCUGGUGCAGGAAUUUGUCGCGAACAGUUCGCUUGACGCGGCGCUGCAUGGGAGCAACAAGCCAAUCCUGGCGUGGAAUUUCCGCAUGAAGAUCGCCAAGGGCGCUGCGAGGGCUCUCACAUUCCUGCACGAAGAAUGCAAGCCCCACAUUAUUCACAAGGACAUCAAGUCAUCUAACAUCCUGCUCGACGCUCAGUACGAGGUCAAGCUGAGUGACUACGGCUCAGCCAAGCUGGCAGGAGAUGCUGCCCUCACAACCAUCAUCAGCUCGGCCGGCUCUUUUGGCUACCUGGCGCCGGAGCAUGCACUCACAGGCAAGCUCACCGAGAAGUCGGACGUGUACUCGUUUGGAGUGGUCUUGCUGGAGCUUAUAACGGGGAGGAAGCCCAGUGACAAGCAGAGGGGGCAGAAGGACAGCCUGGUUGAGUGGGCUCGGCCACUCCUUGCCUCCAACACGCUCAAGGAGCUGGCUGACCCGAAUCUGGAUGGCUGCUUUGGGGUGAAGGAGAUGGAUCGUGUUAUUGUGGCUGCCUCGCAGUGUGUGAGGCAGUCGGCUGUCCUCCGACCAAGCAUGAGCCAGGUUCUACGCCUUCUGGAUCAGCAGUGA